AUGCAUGUUGUAGAAUGCUGUACACAAGGACGACGGUGGCAACAAUUCCUAUGCUUUCUGUUGGUGGCCAUUGUCAUAGUGCUUUAUCAGGCAGACAUAUUGCUAAGGAGUCCGCGACCCUGGUCAGCUUUUACAGGCUUGUCCUGCCCAGGGCUUGAAGGUCAUCAGGCUGUGUCCGUAAAUGCAACAUUGCAAGGCUGCCAACUAGACAGGAUUCCACCACAGCUGAAGGUCAGCCCUGACUUCAACAGCACAGCCAAUCACGACUUUUUCAGACAGUGGCUGAUGAAUAUGAUAAAGCUGCACCCAGCAUCAUUGGUCGCUCAAGAUAUGUUCAAAGUUGAGCAUGUGCGCCAGCCCCGGUUCUAUUUUCCAAGCCUUGCCAACAUUUCCCGAGAGGGUCCGGACCGACACCAGACAGUGUUAUGGAACAGUGCCAAGGAAACAAAUCUCACAUCCAGGAACUUUUUCUUUAUACCACCGCUCGACAGGUCUGACACUCUGAAAGAGUGCCAUGUUCACAUAGCAGGCGCUGUAGCGGUUUACAGAGGCCAUUUCUGGAACAACUUCCAAUACGGGCAUGUCUUGCAUGACUUGCUCCCCUUUCUAGUGUGGUUGGGCUAUUCAUAUCCGCAUACAAGGGUGGUGCUUCCUCUCGACAAAGAGGGUGGCGUGGCACGUUUCCUUCAGGCCAUUGACCCUUUCUUGCACGGCAGAUCUGUGUACGUUCAAGUCGAGACAGUUGUGUGUGCGGAUGAGCUGGUGGCUUUCUUGCCAGAUGUGAGAUAUACAGUUGUGAACCACUUUCGGCCCACGGCCUUAUAUGUUCAUGCUCGCGCACGCAUGGCUGCCAUCCAUGCACCUGCCAAGGCCACAAAAGUGCUUUAUGAAAUCCGCUCGAAAGAAAAUGUCAAGCAUGGCCGUCUUUUCUCUGACGAGCAUUCCGAGGAAGUUGUGCGUGUAGCCAAGGCAGCACUGCGAAAGCAUGGUCGCUCGGACGAGAUUUUUGUUUUUUCUGGUCAGGGGUACAGCUUUGUGGAGCAGUAUCUUGCAUGGAGCUCUUCAUACCUUGCAUUUGGACCACAUGGCACUGGAUUCUCCAACGUGUUCUGGUUGAAUGGAGGCGAUUGCUCGCGGUCUGCAGCAGCGAUUGAGUUUGUUUGCUCGCCGGCAACUCGUCAUGUUAUUGGAUGUCAAAUACGCAAUGCGACUCGACUGUCAGAGUACUGGAGCGCAAUGGGUACAGCACCGUGGGUGCACUACUUCCUGGUUGGCGUCGAAGAUGACCCAGCUCAUGUACUCGAUGAUAGGUCUGACAAGCUGCAGCCAUAUAUGCGGGUAGACAUUCAGGGCUUUUCUGCAGCGAUAGAUAUCUCGCUGUCGCUUCUGCCCAAGUGA